AUGCUUGGUAGGACUGAUUUUUUGACUGAAACAAGUGCUGGAUAUGCAAUUUUUAAAUUUUCUGCUAAAGAAAAGGUGUUGAAAAAGCCAGAGACGCUUUAUAGAAGUCUUGAUACAGCAGAUAAGGCUUCAAGCUUACUUAAAUUAAAAGUAUUUUCAAAAUUUGAAAAUACAAUGGACGCUCUUGAUAAUGCAUCAGCAAUUAUUGAAGGAAGAGUUACUGGAAAACUUGCUUCUUUGCUUUCUGAAUUUUCUGGAAAAAAAGAUAGUCUUAUUGUUUCUGACCCAAAGCUUGCAAGUUCGAUAAAAAAGAUCCCAGGGCUCGAUCUUUCUAUCAUUUCUGAUCCUACUGUACAAGAACUUUAUCGUGUUAUUAGAGAACAUAUAACAGCUCUUAUUUCAGGACUGACUCUAACAGAUAUGUCUAAUAUGAUACUAGGAUUAAGUCAUAGUCUUUCACGGCAUAAGCUUAAAUUCUCUCCAGAUAAAGUUGAUACGAUGAUUAUUCAGGCUAUUGUAUUAUUAGAUGAUUUAGAUAAAGAAUUAAAUAUAUAUGUAAUGCGUAUAAAAGAAUGGUAUGGUUGGCACUUUCCAGAAAUGUCACGAAUAAUUUCUGAUAAUAUGGCUUAUGUAAGAGCAAUAAAAGCUAUGGGAUUUAGAACUAUGGCAGAUAAAACAGAUUUCUCUGAAAUUCUUCCCGAAGACAUUGAAAUGUCUCUAAAAGCUGUUGCUAAAGUAUCCAUGGGAACGGAAAUAACAAACGAUGAUUUAGAAAACAUUAAUUUAUUAGCAGAUCAAAUUUUAUCACUUUCAGACUAUCGUAUCCAACUUUCAGAAUAUUUACAUAAUCGUAUGCAAGCUAUUGCUCCCAAUCUUACAGCAUUGGUCGGGGAACUUGUAGGAGCACGUCUUAUAGCUCAUGCUGGUUCUUUGUUAAAUCUUGCAAAGCAACCUGCUUCAACUAUUCAAAUUUUAGGAGCAGAAAAAGCUCUUUUUCGAGCCCUUAAAACAAAACAUGACACUCCCAAAUAUGGUUUAAUAUAUCAUGCUAGCUUAAUAGGCCAAGCUAGUGCAAAAAACAAAGGGAAAAUAGCAAGAGUAUUAGCAACAAAAGCAGCAAUUAGUUUAAGAGUUGAUGCAAUGGGAGAAAAGGACAUGGCAACGAUUGGAAUAGAAAAUAAAUCAAAAGUAGAGGCAAGACUUCGGAUGUUGGAGGGAGGGAAAAUAGAAAAAUCAUCUAUAUCAACAGGAAAAGCAUGGAAAAAAUAUCAAAUUCAAGCAGCACCAAAAUAUAAUAUAGAUACUGAUAUUAUAAUAGAUAUGGAUUCACAAAAAAGCUUGGAAAAAAAUGAAAUAAAAGAAUUAAUUUCUGAAACUGAAAUACCUAAAAAUCUUAACAUAGAAAUUCCUAAAAUAGAAAAAAAAGAUCAAAAUAAAAAAAAGAAAAAAAGGAAAAUGAAUGAAGCUGAACAAAAUGAUAACUCCUCAGAAUUACAUGAUAAAUCUAAACGUAAGAAAAUUAAAGACAAAUCUCUUGUCUAA